AUGGCGCACAAUGAGGAUAAAGCCGCCCGCUUUGGCUACUUUACUGCUUCUUCAUCGUCGUGGGGAGAGACAACUGGCCUCGUCAAACUUGCAGUCCAAGCAGACUCCUUGUCCGAUGACCUCAACGAGCAACGUCAGCACUGUGGUCAUGACAGCACCUCGACCGAGAUUUCCAACGCCGCUGACGAACUUAAACUUCUUGCUAAUGAACUUCAAAGUCUCGAUGCUGCAGUCAAGGCCAACAAAGAUCUCUACACUGAAGCAUUCGGUGAAGAUCUGGCUGAGGUCCAAAAUCACCUCGGUGGGAUCUUCGAGGACAUAGCGGACUGUUGCCAGGAGAUGCAGAAGGCUAACGGCCUGAAUACCAGUGCAGUCGGUUGGUUGGCCAAGAAGAGAUAUGUCAAAAAGCUGCAGAAACACCUCGAGGCGAACAAGACCACCCUUAUUGUCAUGCGUACCGUACUGCAUCACGGGAAGGAAUAUGGAAUGCACAACUCACCUGGUCGCCUCGCCGAGUCUUCUCCUCACACGAUACAGGAAGAUCUUGCAAUCCUCGAGACCGUCUUUGCGAGCAGACACGCCAUCAAAGACCUUCACAACCUCGCGAACAAAUCUCACGAGCACUCUUCCUCAACAUCAUCUGCUGGAUCCAUCGAUAUAACUCCUUCCUUCAAGCCUGGUGCACACGGUCGCAACUUGUCCUCUGCUACUGGUGUGGAUGUUUCAGUGAUCGAGGAUGUUCUGCCCACUUCUGACAAGAAGAAAAAGCAAGAUGCUCUGGCACAAAGGUUCUCUCGCAGAGGAGUUCGCUUGGCUGUUCACAGCUCCAUCAUGGAUACCAAUGCUCAUGAAGUCCCGAUCUCGCUCCGGAAGAAAUGGAUCUAUCAAGCUCAGCUGCGGCGCACACCUGAGCAUUUCAACGCAGGCAGCCCUUCCAUUGCUCAACUAAGCAAGAUCUCCGAAGUGAAUUCCAGCUCCGGACUAGACGAGGCACCACCAGCUGUCAGUCGUCAGCGAGCCUUGGCAACACCUGGGAAUCAGACGACGAAUGAAUCUCCCGAGAGAUCAGACAGUCAAGCAUCGUCGGUGUCAGGCAGACGUUCAAAGGCCCGGGAGAGAAGCGCGUCUUUGGUCAGUUCACCACUGGGCAAGAAGCUAGGUAAUCUCAUUACUCGACUGUCGCAUACCAACCUCAGAGAGCGCCGUGUGAAUGGUAAGGGCAGUCCGCCAUCGAUCGAGCAGCACAUCUAUCCACCAAGUGAGGCGAAUACUCAAGGCGAUUUGCGGAAGAAAGAGCAACGUUCCCCAGAGAAGGAGAUGACCGCCAAAGAAAAGCCAGGCUGGUCUUACCGUUUGACAAGGCCCUUUGUCAAAGAAGAGCUUACCACUCCCGAUUUUGAGAAGGGCUUCUGA